AUGCCAGUGGCGUACGCGCUAGUUGACGAAGAGACGGUUCAUAGUUGGUGUUGGUUUUUCCAAAAUUUGAGAGAAUACGUCACCAAAGAUUGUAACAGUAGAAUUUGUGUUCUAUCAGACCGUCAUGCCGGGAUAAUUAAUGCGAUGGAGAACCUUCUGGAUUGGAGAGAACCAAACGCCUACCACCGUUAUUGUCUUCGGCAUGUCAAAAGCAAUUUUAGUGGUAGGUUCAAGACCAAAUCUCUUAGGAAGCUAUGUUGGAUGAUCGGGAGCACAAGUCAACGAAGAAAGUAUCUUUGGGCUGUGAGGGAAAUGCAGAUGUUAAAUCGGGGUGCUUGGAACUACCUGAACGACAUCGACAAAAGCAAGUGGACUAUUGUUCAUGACCGCGGAAACCGUCGUUGGGGUAACCUUACGACGAACAUAUCUGAGUCUAUGAAUAAUGUCUUAUGGGAAGCAAGACUCCUGCUAGUAAAAGCCUUAAUUCAUUAUACGUUCACCAAGGACGUAUCAGAGUAUGCUCGCCACGCGCAGAUGGCCCAAAGCUGCAAUACCCCUCUACCCCCUCGAAUUUGGUCCAGGUUUAACAAGUUGCAUUCCGUAGCCAUGCAACAUGAAGUGUCUGUCUACAAUGUCAGAGAAGGUCGUUACGCGGUGGUUUCAAGGGAAGAAACCAAUGAUGACGGUGGAAACGAGUACACCGUUGAAUAA